AUGAAGUACACUCCAUCGUACGAACAUUUGCGCGAUUUCCGGCGCCACCACAAUUUGAAAAAGAACCUUUUGAAAGAGCAGCCGCUGUCAGCUUGGAACAACAACAACAACGUCGACGACGAUGUCGUGCUGCUUGAUGGUGCCGACAAGAACCCUUCAUUAAGCAACGAAAACACCAAUGACAAUGAGCCUAACAUUAGCUACAUACAAAGUGAACUGAUGCCCAGUUCAGCUGCAUAUCCAACAAACGAAGAAAGAGAAGGCAAAAUUUAUUACGUAGAAAGGGAACCGGUCAAGAAAAAAGUUGAGAAGCGAGGUCGAUGGCAAGGGUUCUGCUUCAGGAGGAUGAGGAACAGGAGGAUGCUGCCGUACAUCUGCUGGAGAGCAUGUUAG